UCUCCUCAUUUCGGAGACGACAACAGCCUUGUUGUUUCUGCUUGGUUACAAAAUGGCGUUGAGCGAUCUUUUGGAUUCUCUCGCCAAACCGAAUCCCACCUUUCACGACGGAGACGACGACUUUGGGGACAAUACGACAGCACAGCUCAGCGUCCACGGAACAGAAGACGAUGCGAAAGAUGGCGAUCAGAUACAGAAGUCAACAAAGUUGAAGAGACAAGCUGCUUCACUGUUAUCCGACACGGAUACAAGGUAUGCUGGGCACAAGACUACGAGGAAAGACCUGAUGCAGGAUUCUGGAAAAUCCGAAGAAAAGGAAUCCAAAAAGGAUUGAAGCGAGGAAGAGUGUGACAAGAAUGAUUCCGACAAUCUCAAGUGUACUGUAGGGUCUUGAUCCAUCAUCUUCAGUUUUUUUAUCUGCAAUUGAUGAACA